UAAGUCUUUUAUUUAGAAAAAUAUAUCAGACCGGAAGUUCUAUUUCCGUUUCUGUUUUGGCCAACAUGGCGGCUAAGGCGGACGAGAAUGAAUAUUUUGUCAGAGAAAUAGACAGAAACGACGGUUGUGCCCUAAAAGUUAAGCAGUGCUUCUUGGGAGAUGUUGGCUGCGUUGUGUGGGAUGCAGCUAUUGUUCUCGCAAAGUAUUUAGAGACAAAGCAGUUUUACGAUCCGUCUUCAGGUGUGAACGUUUGGUCUGGUAGGACUGUGCUAGAGUUGGGAGCUGGUACGGGAGUAGUUGGUCUUAUGGUAGCAACGCUAGGAGCACAGGUAAUAGUAACAGACCUAGAAGAUUUACAGACCCUGUUGAAGAUGAACAUCCAAGAAAACCAGGCGCUUAUUAGCAGUGGAUCCAUAACUGCCAAGGUACUGAAAUGGGGUGAAGAUGUGUCUGAAUUCUUGCCUCACCCAGAUUAUGUCCUUAUGGCAGAUUGCAUCUAUUAUGAGCAGUCAAUUGUUCCACUGGUGGAGAGCUUGAAGCUGCUUUGUGGACCAGAGACCUGCAUUGUUUGCUGCUAUGAGCAGCGCACUGAGGGUGUCAACCCAGAAGUGGAAAGGCAGUUUUUUGAGUUGCUGCAACAGAACUUCUGCUGUGAGGAGAUUCCUUCAGAGAAACAAGACCCAGAAUUUAGCAGUCCAGACAUCCACAUUCUGCACAUUCGAAGAAAAGCCUGAUUAUCGGACUCCGAUUGUGACAUUGAAACUUGCAACAGUGUACUGAGCUUGUUUAAGAUAUUAAAUUUUUUAACUUUUUAAA